AUGGCCGUCUUUGUGGAUUAUCGAGCGAUAGCUCUGGUUGCCGGUGCGUCGACCGUCGUGUUCUUGGUUGGGCUGCUGCGGCGCCGCUUCUUCCAUCCCCUCUCCAAGUUCCCAGGUCCCUUCGCCAAUUCCGUCAGCUGGCUUCCCAACGUUCUACGCCUCCUAAGCGGCAAGCAUCAUGCAUACAUCAAAAAGCUGCACAACAAGUAUGGCCCCGUUGUGCGGGUCUCACCAAACGAGCUUAGCUUCUCCAAACCAGACGCCUGGGAAGACAUCUACGGCUUCCGGUCCUCGGACGAGCCUAUGGAGAAAGACCCCCUGUGGUGCGGCUGGCUGCAGCAUGUCAAAGACGUGCCCGUCACCAUGGCUCCGCGCAACACGUCGCUGCUGUCGCAGGAGCCGCUGAUCCAGUCUCACGUCGACAAGUUCAUGGACCAGCUGGCCGGGUUCGCCGCCGAGGACAAGCCCGUCAACAUGUCCGAGUGGCUGUCCUUCUCCACGCUCGACGUCACCUCGGAGCUGUGCCUCGGGUCGUCGACGGGCAUGCUAGCCACGGGCUCCGGCACCGAGUGGUCGCGCGGCAUCGCGACGCGGCGGGUCGCGGGCUCCGGCACCUGGCUCCACAGCCUGCUGAGCGCGUACGCCAUCCCGCUCCGGUACAAGGCCGCCAAGCUCAACCACUUCAACACCAAGGAGCGCGGCUUCAUCUACUACAUGCUGCGCAACGAGUCCAAGAAGCUGCUAAGCGAGACCAAAAUCAUUGUCAACAUGGGCGCCUUUCUCGCGGCCGGGAGCGACACGACAGCCCUUGCGCUCUCGGCGCUAGUGGAGGCCGCCUGGCGCUGGGAGCGCGACGGGGACGAGUUUCGCCACCUCAAGGCCUACAUCAUCUGGGAGAGGUUCGAGUUGAUGAUCGAGUUGACGCCGAUGCGGAGGUGA